GGGUCGCGUUCCGUCUAUCGUCCACCACAAAACAUGUGAUCGACAAAGAUCCACACCGACAAGUCAUGUAUUUCCAUAACCACAAAGUUAUAUUCCACAUAUAAGAUAGAGGAUACGGCCCCUGCGAUUUGUAUAAAUGUGGGACAAUGUACGUACCUAUACAAGUUCUGCUAUGCUGUAUGUUCUACUAGAUGCUGAUGCUGUGUAUACUGUAUACUAACCUAAAAAAACAAACGUCACAUUUCCGACUUCCGAUGUCUGUGAAAUCAAGUUAGAGGAAAUGUAUCAAGAUUCACCAUAUUCUGCAGCUUGUGGCCAAGAAGAUUACGAAAUGGAUGAAGAAAACGAGGAUUAUUUAGACGACGAGCGGGAUCUUGACGAUCAAGAUGAAACUGACGAAGAUACUGAAGAAGCUAGUGAAACAGAUAUGGGCAAAUCUGAGGAGUAUACUGAAAUCAAGGAGCAAAUUUACCAAGACAAAUUAGCUAGCUUGAAAAAGCAACUACAACAAUUAAAAGAUGGCUCACAUGUUGAAUACAAUCGAAAAGUUAAACGACUAGAAGCACAAUACAAAGAAAGACUACGUUUGAAUAUAAUUUAUAGAGAUUAUUUAACUGAAUGCGUAGAAAGAGAAUACAUUUUAGAUAAAAAGGCGGCUGUGAAAGAGUUUGAAGAAAAAAAAAGUGAUUUAAAAGAAAAUCUUGUUGCAGAUAUGGAAGAGAAACGUAAACUAAUUGAAUCAGAUAGAUAUUCUAUGGAACUAACAGGGGAUUCAACAGAGGUAAAACCUGUUAUGACCAGAAAACUUCGACGUCGGCCAAAUGAUCCUGUACCUGAAAAAGUGGAGAAACGAAGAAAACCACCUCCAGCCCAAUUGAAUUAUCUACUAGAUGAGAAAGAAAUAGAAAAUGAUUUGAAAGCUAUUAGUCGCGGGAAAGUUCUAACUACAGUUCGUAAACCAGUUGUUAUGCAGCAAUACAAUGCUACAGUUAGUAUAACAAGUCAACACAUUCCAGUAGCAACUGAUACAUCUUUAGUAGAAACAAGAAUUGAGGAUGGCAAGUUAUUAUAUGAAAGAAGAUGGUUUCAUCGCGGACAACCAGUUUAUGUGGAAGGAAAAGAUAUGCCACGAUUUUCGGCAAAUAUAUCAGCUAUUGGAACCGAAGCAGUUUGGGUGAAAAAAGUCUCAGAUGGUAGUAAAGUGAGAAUAUAUAUCUCCCAGUUAUGCAGAGGAAAAAUUUCAAUUAAACGCAGAGCAUCUUAGUUAUAAACUUAUAAAUUUUGUAUUAUAUAAAAAAAGCAUUUUUUUUUAGAUCGUACGCACAAAUAUGAUUUAUUACUUAUAUUAUGUUUCAGUAUGAAUAUUUGAUUAAAUUUUUAACUGAUUACCAAUAAUUAAAUUUAAAAUUAAACAAUUUUGAGUAAAUUUUCUACAAAAAUAACGUCAAAA